GUACUUGAAUUGCUGGGAAAUAAAAUAAGUAGAAGGUAUUCAAAUUAGAGACACUAUUGCAUAGGUGAUGAUAUCAAUUUGAAAUGCCAUUGAUUGGCAUGGGAGGUAAUGUUUGCCAAACUGACAGACAUGCUGACUGACAGUCGAAAGAGGAUUUUCUGUCUGACGCCUAGUGAGAGGCUAAUCCUUAUCCAGUGCACCCAUCCCGUCUCUGUUCUUCAGUCUGCUCUCAUUCUGCAGAUCGAGCCUCUCCGGACUGAGCUGCAGGAAACACACAGCCUUUGCCACCUCAACUCUUCAGAAAACCCUCAGGUAAUAACCAGAACAGGUAACCAUGGCGAACUCUUUUACCCGCAUGAUAUCUGGCCGUAACACGGCUGUGAUUCUAGCCAGCGUGGGAGCUGGCUCUCUGACAUCUGGAUAUCUUCUCUGUGACAGCACUGCUGAUGCAGCUGAGAGGAGGAAGCUCUAUCCACCCAGUGCUGAUUUCCCUGACCUGAGGAAGCACAACAACUGCAUGGCAGCAGCCCUGACCCCCACCAUCUAUGGACACCUGAGGGACAAGACCACCUCCAACGAGUGGACCGUGGACCAGUGCAUCCAGACCGGGGUGGACAACCCUGGACACCCCUUUAUCAAGACUGUGGGCAUGGUAGCUGGAGACGAGGAGAGCUACGAGCUGUUUGCUGAGCUCUUUGAUCCUGUUAUCAAGGAUAGACACAAUGGCUACGAUCCUCGCACAAUGAAGCACCCCACUGAUCUGGAUGCUUCAAAGAUCACCUCAGGAAUGUUUGAUGAGCGCUACGUGCUGUCAUCUCGUGUCCGUACCGGGCGUAGCAUCCGUGGACUGAGUCUCCCCCCUGCAUGCUCGCGCUCUGAGCGCCGUGAGGUGGAGCGUGUGUGUGUGACCGCUCUGUCCGGCCUGAAGGGGGACCUGGCUGGGCGCUACUACAGCCUGGGAGAUAUGUCUGAUAGAGAGCAGCAACACCUUAUUGAUGAGCACCUCUUGUUUGAUAAACCUGUGUCACCUCUGCUGACUGCUUCCGGGAUGGCCAGAGAUUGGCCUGAUGCUCGUGGGAUCUGGCACAACAACGAGAAGAACUUCUUACUCUGGAUCAAUGAGGAGGACCACACAAGGAUCAUAUCCAUGGAGAAAGGAGGAAACAUGAAGAGAGUGUUUGAAAGGUUCUGUAGAGGACUUAAACAGGUGGAGCAUCUUAUUCAGGAGAGAGGCUGGGAGUUCAUGUGGAAUGACCGUCUGGGCUACAUCCUCACCUGCCCCUCCAACCUGGGCACUGGACUCAGGGCGGGGGUGCAUGUUCGUCUGCCCAUGCUCAGCAGGGACCCUCGCUUCAAAAAGAUCCUGGAGAACCUGAGGCUUCAGAAGAGGGGCACUGGUGGUGUGGACACGGCGGCCACUGGAGACACCGUCGACAUCUCUAACAACGACCGUCUCGGCAAGUCAGAGGUGGAGCUGGUACAAUUAGUGGUUGAUGGAGUUAACUACCUGAUCGAAUGUGAGAAGAGGCUGGAGAGGGGGCAGGACAUCAAGAUCCCCUCCCCCAUCCCUCAGUUCAGGAAGUGAACAUUACCUUUGCAGGGAAUCCUGGAAAAGAGUAGGCUAAUAGUAGUUAAUUAAACUGUUGGUCUAACAAGAUAUUCAUGGUCUGUAUAGCACUGUACCUACUUACAAUAAAUAAUUUACGUGCAUAUUCAUUCUAGACAAAAUAAACUUGAUUGACAAAA